UUACUGAGAGCUGAAAUGGCGCAGGGAGGAGUUCAACUAGACGAAGAAAACUUCUCCUGUUCCAUCUGUUUGGAUCUACUGAAGGAUCCGGUGACGAUUCCCUGUGGACACAGCUACUGCAUGAACUGUAUUAAAGACCACUGGGAUGGAGAUCAGAGGAGAAACAGCAGCUGCCCUCAGUGCAGGAAAGAGUUCAAACCGAGGCCUGGACUGGAGAAAAGUGUCGUGUUAGCUGCUUUAGUGGAGGAUCUGAAGAAGACUGAACUCCAAGAUGCUCCUGCUGAUCACAGCUAUGCUGGACCUGAAGAUGUGGCCUGUGAUGUCUGUACUGAGAAGAAGAUGAAAGCUGUCAAAACCUGUCUGGUUUGUUUGAUUUCUUACUGUGAGAAUCAUCUUCAGCCUCAUUAUGAAUCUCCUGCUUUUAAAAAACACAAUCUGGUGAAUCCGUCCAAAACUCUCAUGGAGAGCAUCUGCUCUUGUCAUGAUGAGGUGAUGAAGACGUUGAUGGAUGGUUAUGAAACCGUCUCUGCAGAAGCAAAAAGAGCUGAGAAGCAGAAGAAGCUCCAGGAGAGUCGCCAACAAAUCCAUCAGAGAAUCCAGGACCAAGAGAAAGAUGUGAARCUGCUUCAACAGGAGGUGGAGGCCAUCAAUGUCUCUGCUGAUAAAGCAGUGGAGGACAGUGAGGAGAUCUUCACUGAGCUGAUCCGUCUCCUCCAGGAAAGAAGCUCUGAGGUGAAGCAGCAGAUCAGAUCCCAGCAGGAAACUGAAGUGAGUCGAGUCAAAGAUGUUCAGGAGAAGCUGGAGCAGGAGAUCAGUGAGCUGAAGAGGAAAGACGCUGAGCUGGAGCAGCUCUCACACACAGAGGAUCACAMCCAGUUUCUCCUCAACUWCCCCUCACUGCCAGCACUCAGGGAGUCGACACACUCAUCCAGCAUCAACAUCCGUCCUCUGAGACACUUUGAGGACGUGACAGCAGCUGUGUCAGAGCUCAGAGACAUAAUACAAUAUGUCCUGAGAGACUCAUGGAGAAACAUCAAACUGAAAGUCACUAAUGUGGAUGUUUUACUUUCAGGACCAGAACCAGAACCAAAGACCAGAUGUGAAUUCCUACGAUAUUACCUAGAACUUAGUCUGGAUCCAAACACAGCACAUCUGAAGCUUUCAUUAUCUAAAAAGAACAGAAAAACUAAAUGUGUAAGACAGCAGCAGUCUUAUCCUGAUCAUCCAGACAGAUUCUCUGUUCAUAAACAGGUUCUGAGCRUCCAGAGUCUGACUGGACGUUGUUACUGGGAGGUGGAGCGAACUGGGAGAAUAGUUGGUGUCGGAGUUUCAUACAAGGACGUGAGCAGAACAGAAGAAUUUGGACAAAAUGACAAAUCUUGGUGUUUAUAUUGUGACCUCGUCUGUAACGUAUUUUACCACAACAACGUUGUAACCCAACUACCAGGUUCUGAUUUCUCCAGAAUAGGAGUGUACCUGGACCACAGAGCAGGUGUUCUGUGUUUCUACAACGUCUCUGGACCCAUGACUCUGAUCCACCGAGUCCAGACCAGGUUCACUCAGCCUCUGUAUGCUGGAGUUACGCCUCUGUGGUUUGGAGACACGGCCGAGUUCAUUAAACCGAAAUAAUCAGCAGUGAUCUGAGUCCAGUUGGUUUAAAUGUUUAUUUUAGUUCCAGUUCAUUGUUUUUCUUCACUGCUCAGAGACCAGAUCUUUAUGGAGCUACUUUAUCAUCUUGUUUGUUUUGUGGAUGUUGGAUUUGUGUGGGUGCUGCCCCUGCCUGUUUCUGACCUAAGGAUUUUUAUUCACCACCUGAUUAUAUCUAUUUAUUUGCUCUGUCCGACCAAAUGCUGUUGAUCAAAUCCACUUAUAGAUGAGUGAUAGAAAUAUGAUGUAAAAACAUCCUGAUUGUUUUUUUUAAUGCUUGUCGGUGCUGAAUUGUG